UACGUACGUUCUUCUCCCUCUGCUAGCUAGACCGAUUCCAUUCAGGGAUGGCCUCUUCCUCCUCGUUUUGUCUCUUGCUCUUGCUGCCAACGAUCCUAGGCAUGGCUGGUGUCUAUGCCCAAAUUGCUCCAGCUCCGAUUUGCAUGCGUCCCUGCCCAAGUGAGGUUAACCUGCACCUAUACCUCCACCAGUUUGUUGCUGGACCGAACCACCCAAACCGCAAUGAGGAAUUCCUCAUAUCCCCAGCAAAUGCCUUUGGCUUUGGUAAUACACUCGUCCAUGAUUGGACCAUGACCAGAACUACCAAUCCCAGUGAUACAAUCAUCGCACGUGUGCAAGGCACUCACAUCCAAGCUGGGACAACAAAUGCUAACCACUGGUACAUCUCGCAGAACAUAGUGUUUCAGAGUGACAGGUUUGCAGGGUCCACACUUCAGGUGAUGGGGAGAUUAACCGAAAAUAAUGUUGGCCAAUGGUCUAUCGUCGGUGGAACCGGAGAGUUUCUGAUGGCCCAGGGUAUUAUCAACUACAAGAUGGAUCCGGCUUCUAACAAGGACGACGCUAUUAGAGAACUUAAUAUUCGUAUAAUCUACGAAGCAAAUGUUGCAUGAGCUGCUCGUUAUGGUGAAUUAUGCAUGCCGCAAAACGAAGCCAUUGGGAAGUGAGUGUUAUGGAAAUAACGUGGGUUCAUGCAUGGAUUGCUCUGCAGUGAAAUUUUCGACUACUAGUGUGAUCAAUUUUCUAGUACCUUUUUGUAUUUUUUUCUCUUCAAUAAGGCUUGGGUUUCAGUGAUGGGAUUGUCUACCCAAAAUCCAAGCCCCGUCUAUUCCGGUGUUGUCUAUGUAAUGCAUAGUUAUUGUGUAAUUUAGACCUCCCCUCAUGGCUAUGGUUCCCAAAUAAUGAAAUGUACUCCCUUCAUAUAGA